AUGGCCGCAGAGUGUCCACUUCCGUCAGAUGUCUACACAGAGGCACUUGAGAAUCACCUGCUGCUGGCAUGCUUGGCCUCGUUAUUUUACUCCCAGGAUGGCCACUUUCUGCCACCUGGUUACAGCAUGCUUUGUCGCAAUGAUAUCUUACAGGAAGCAAAGCGGCUCUUGGCAGCGGACAGAUAUUCUGAUUUUCUGCACUAUUCUAUGGCAUUGAGUGAGACUUUACCAUCUUACCCCAACGCCAUUCUGCCUGAAGCGACGCCUCUCUCUGGUACAGGUCAUAGUGCAGCUGAAUCUCAUGCCUUCAACAUUCUAGCCGCCGGCAAUGCCUCGAUCUGGGAAGCAGUGCGCUGUGUUAUCAGGCAACUAUGCUUCGAGAAGCCUAGGCACCGCUCUAUGGUCAAUCAGCAGGGUGCCAAAAGCUUCACUGUUGGUAUAUUUGCAAGGCAUCAAUUGGUGGGACUGAGCAAAGCAACGCUUGUUCACCCCAACGUUUGCAAGCUUCUAUGCUCGUACAUAGCCCACCUUUGCCCAGGCUUCUGCUGGACUACUCUUGUUGUACACUGCAACUACGCCACGCCUGUGCACCGCGAUCCUGCCAAUGGUCCGUUCUCCAAUCUUCUUACCAUGAUCAGUACUACGGAUAGUGGCGGGCUAUGGAUGCAAGAUUCGACAGGCAGCGACUUUCAAGAGCUUCCGGACGGUAUGUGUGUCGGCCGGUACCUCCAAUUGCAGGAUCAGUACGUCAUUUUUCCAGCACACAAUCACUGGCAUGCCACCCAAACCUGGGGACGCUAUGAUCGAUACACGCUGGUAGCCUAUACAGUGCGGAAUUGGACACAUCUGCCCGCUGCUAUGCAAUGUACGCUCCAAUCCCUGGGAUUUCAGCUGCCAGAGGACCCAAGGGCUAUCACAUCACUGCAUACUGGGCAGCGUGCUUUUCCUACCAUCCUGAUUGAUCCUGUCGCCUAA